AUGUCGUGGUCACCCCCCAAUGACGGCGGCGGAUGGGGAAUUGAUGAUUCCUACUCAUCUCCUCAUCAUCAAGCUUCAAGUAUGAAUUCUAAAGACAAUGACUCGGAAGAUCAAGGCGAUUUCAUAUCAUCUCUCCAUAAUUACCAAUUUCCAGAUCCAACGACCGCAAUCAAAGAGAAACUAGCCACAAAGAAAACCGAACUACUUAGCUUGAGAGAAGAAGUCGAAGCCAAAGAAGAGAAGAUUCGCAGUUGCGCAGAGGAUUUCGACCGCAAGAAGUUGGAAAUGAACACAGCGGGCGCUCAAUUGGCGGAGGAAACAGCGUCAUUGAUAACUGCAAAGAGUGCGCACGAUACACUUGUUGGAGAAAUUUUGUCGCAGGAUCAUUACCUGGAGACAAUUCGGCAAGCCAAACAUUUUCAGCAGCGACAAUGGACAUGGGAGCAAUGUUUAGUCAGAGAAAAUGGGAAGUUGAAGGAGGAAGUGGAGUCUCUCAGGCAACUCGCAAAGGACCAUUGCGAUUACUAUAAUAGCGAGGUUGAAAAGCUGAAAAGAAAUAUCGACAACCUGAAGCUUGAGCAUCAAAGUUGUAAGUGGUCCUGGGAGAACCAAAACCGAAACAAAGAUUUGGAAGCGAAGAAACACGUUGCUGCUGCUGUGAAGGAGGCCGUGGAUAAAGCGUUGAGUCGUCAGAGAACAGAGUUUGAAACUGUGAUGAAGGAGGCUGUGGAAAAAGCAUUAAGCUGCAGAAGCACAGAGUUUGACACCGUUGGGCUAGAGGUGCGAACGACUUUCGUUGAGAGUCAUCGGUUGCGUAACCCAGGUUCUUUCGCCCCUACCCAAGCACUUGUUCCAUAUGGAUCUAAAUCGACUCAUGAUUUUGAUGUUCUUGCCGACAUGACUCUAUACCUUGAUCCUCAAAUACCAGGACAUCGUGCCGACGGCGAAACAUUUACCCGAAUAUAUGGUAUCAAAUGGACUACUGCCAAAAGAUUUGAAAAUUUUCCUAAGUUUGCAGAUUUGGUAAACCAAUAUGCUUUAGCAAAGAGCUACAGUCCACAAACAUUUGAUUCCACGACCUUCUUCAAAGUUUGGUCGCGCAUGGGUGUCUCUUUCGAUGAGACGCACUUUGAAGAAGUUACUGCAUGGCUGAGAAAUGUCCGGAAAACUUUCAAGACGACUGUCGAUCUGAAUCUUGCCCUCACUGAGAUCGAAAGAACGCAUAAUAGUGAUAGCACUCAAGCCCAUGAAAAAUUGACAAGGCGGCAUGCAUUGGAUCGCAUGAGACUAGAGGCAAUACUGGAAAAGAAAGAGUUCUGUGCCACAUUACGCGCACUUCCACAACAAGCCGGCUUUGCAAUCCGAAGUCGUCAUUUAGAAUGGCUGAAGAUUCCGCAAGGAAGGGAUAUGACUGUCAUUGAGAAGGGAGGCGAGGUCGCACAUUAUGCUGACGCUUUACUUGACGCUGUAAUGUUUGUCCCAGAACUGUUUGAUAACAAGUGCGAAAAGCCUCAUGAUGACGAGCUAUACCAACAAACUUACCACCAUUCUCCAAUCGAGAUUAUUUCAAUGGCUAGCUAUGAUCACUCUAAGCCAUUGAUCAAAGUGAUUAACUGGUUCGCUCGCAUCAAACAAUGGCGCACCAACCGAGAUUAUCUUAGGACGGAUUUCGUUACAGAGAGUGCAAAAUUUGGCAUAUACCCAUUCACAGCUCACAAGCACGAUUGGCUGAAACUUAUUAAGUGGGACUCUAUCCUCCGAGAACUAGAAAGCCUGUACCUAAAGGAGGAAAAUAUGAACAAGAUAAAAUAUCAACGAGUCGAUCAACCUGUUUUCUUAGAAGUCGACCACGUCCAAAUCAGUGGACAGGAUUGGUCAAUCAAGGAUACUCAUAGAGCAGAGUCUCCCAUCAACAACAAGAGUCCAACGGAAGAAAGUUCGAAGCCGGGUAUGAGUCAAAGUCAAUAUUUUGAGGAUCGAAUUGAUACUCCUCCCCAUAUGAAUUCUGGUCUCCCUCUCCAGCCGGUUCCUCUUGAUUGGAAUGGACUUCCAUCGGUAUCCAGCGUCAAAUUAGCAUCUGAUGAAAGUCAGAACCCGAUAGAUGAUGGUUGGGGACCGUGUACCGUAACUACCAAAGAAAGUUCGCUGGAAGAUAUGCGGAGUACUAGUCCCGCUACUCUUCCUGUUCCAUCUCAAAAGCCAAUGCAUGAAGACUGGAACAGGACGAUGAGAGGUUGGAAAGGUAGAACGGCUAGAGGAGGGAGGACAACUAGAGGAGGUAGGGCAUCUAGAGGAGGUAGGGAAUCUAGGGGAAGCAGAGAAACUAGUAGUAGGGUAAGUAAGAAUGAUCCAUAUCAGCACAAUCUGAAAGUCCUGGAAACAUCAGAGCUGCAGGAUUUACAGGCAGAUUACAUCGAGCCUUGGUAA